AUGGAGCAGUACAUCGUGCUGGGCCGCAUCGGGGAGGGCGCGCACGGCGUCGUGUUCAAGGCCAAGCACCGCGAGACCGGGGAGCUGGUGGCCCUCAAGAAGGUGCCGCUGCGGCGCCCCGAGGAGGGGCUGCCCCCACAGACCCUGCGCGAGAUCAAAGCCCUGCGCGAGAUGGAGGCGCACCCCCAUGUGAUCCGGCUCCGUGCCGCCUUUGCCCAGGGCCCUGCCGUGGUUCUGGCCCUGGAGCUCCUGGUUGGGGACCUGGGGGGGCUCCUGCGGGCGGCCCCGGCCCCGCUGCCCCCGGCCCGGGUGAGGGCCCUGCUGGCCAUGACCCUGCGGGGGCUGGGCCACGUGCACGGCCAGCACCUCGUGCACAGG